AUGGAGCCUCAGGCCAUCAGAACAGAUGUCCAGAUUUUGCCGACCACCAGACGGAUCGUAAUAGGGAAGAGAAUGCGGACAUGCCCGAGGCAUGCGGCAUUCGACCGGAGGGCCGACGUUGUAUUUGGCGGAGAUCUUAGAUUGCCAGACGGUGGAGAUGAAACCGAAACGGUCAGUGCCGUUGUAGUACAUCACAACGGGAGCCUACCAAAAACGCUCAAAUGGUCUCCGCAGGCUCUUCCACAAACGCCACCCGCACCUCAGUUGCUUUCGACUCCGGGAAAGAGCGCUGUGACGAAAACUUUCGAAGUUCGAGGGUCGUGGACUUCCUACCGGCGAACGUGGUGCGUGCCCACGCUGUCGUACGGCCUCCGGAUGCCCGACCCAUCGUCGCCUCGGAGAGCCGCUGGCGUCGACCGUUUCAGCGAGGAAUUUCUUAAGUUGGUCAAGCGCUCGAGAGACGACUUUCCGUUUAUGGCGCUUCCCAGACCUAUUAUUCUCUCGUUUGGGUUGUGGGCAAGUCGUGUUCGACAAAUUGCUUCCCUUAUCGUCGUACGCCGCGACCUCCUCGCGAGCCGUGCAAGCUACCAAGGCCUCCUCGAAUUCAAGCGGGUCGUUGUCCAGAACCAAACCGCUCCGUUUUCGUGA